AUGAUGUUGCUUAAUCCGACUGUCACAUUAGUUGGUGCGCUGGCUGCGGUCUUCGUGAUCCUGCGCUACUUUGUCCAGGCUCAUCGCCACCGUCAACAAGCCAAAGCCCUAGGCUGUGAGCCUGCUCGCUCGGGUCCCACUACCUUCUUCGGUAUCCCAGCAUUUUUACGUCUGGGCAAGGCUGUCCGUGAGAAGGUAUGGAUCGAGUAUCUCACCAAUGAAUACAAGACGUAUGGAAACACCUAUCGUCAAACCUUUCUCGGUCGGGAUUUGAUGACCACGAUUGAGCCUGAAAAUAUCAAAGCCAUCCUUGCAACUCAAUUCAAGGACUUCUGCCUCGGUACAAGACACGAGCAGUUCGACCCCCUUCUGGGCGAUGGCAUCUUCACCCUCGACGGCGCAGGGUGGUCGCACGCACGUGGAUUAUUACGCCCGCAAUUCACCAGGGACCAGGUGGCUGAUUUGACCAUGUUGGACGCCCACAUCUCCCAUCUCAUCAACCUGAUCCCCAAGGACAGGAGCAGCUUCGACAUCCAGCGUCUCUUCUUCCUUUGGCUGCAUGCUCCCCCAUCCGAGACGACUGGCGUCUUGGAGAACUCCGCCGUCGGCAGCGCACAGGGUUUCGCCGACGCCUUUGGGAUGGCUCAGGAUUACCUCUCUACCCGCUCGCGCUUCCAGGGUCUGUACUGGCUCGUCAACCCAAAGGAAUUCCGCGAGGCGAACCGUCGCGUUCACGAAGUCGUCGAUUAUUAUGUGCACCGUGCUUUGGAAUCCAAGCGUAACCCGGAGAAGAAGAAUGCCGAUGGUCGCUAUAUCUUCCUUGAAGCUCUGGCGGAGGACACCGAUGAUCCAAAGCUGCUGCGCGAUAAUAUGCUUAACAUUCUUCUUGCUGGACGUGAUACCACGGCCAGUCUGCUUAGUUCGGUUUUCUUCUACCUUGCGCGCGAUACGAAAGCGUGGAAUCGGCUGCGUCGGGAGAUAGUCGAGGUCUUUGGAGAUGCGAAGAAUCCGCGGGCGGAAGUGACUCAGACGAAGCUGAAGGAUAUUCCUUACUUACGACAUGUUUUGAACGAAGUCCUUCGUCUGCAACCUCCUGUGCCUUUCAACUUCCGCGUGUCAACCAAGGACACUUCCCUGCCUCUUGGCGGUGGUGCGGACGGCAAAUCCCCAGUGUACAUUAAGAAGGAUACCACGGUUGGCUACAGCGUUUACGCUAUGCACCGCCGCACUGAUCUUUGGGGUAAAGACGCGGCUUUCUUCCGUCCCGAGCGCUGGGAGGAAAAUGCUAAGCAUGGUUGGGAAUACCUGCCUUUCAAUGGCGGGCCACGCAUCUGUCUCGGUCAGCAAUAUGCCCUCACCGAGGCAAGCUAUACUGUUGUUCGCCUGAUGCAGCACUUUGAUACUCUUGAGAACGCCGACCCGCAUCCCCGUAGUGAGCCUAUCAAACUGUCGACCCUUACCAUGUCGCAUGACCUCGGUGUGCCGGUUCGCCUGUACUCAUCGGAGCAGAUCUAG